CUAAUUAAGUCACUCCAGCACACAUUUGCUCGUGAAUGUAGUGUCGUGUAAAUGUAGCUUCCCGUUCACUUUCUAUGCAACCUGUUUAGAGACUGAUCAUCAUUUAUUCCGACUCGUUGAUGGGUCACAGAUGGUGUUUGGACGUUGCGUCAAACGAAUAGGCUGUGUAGUUGUUGGAGUGAUCUUCAAGUGUCCCUGAUCGAUAGCCUAGUUCCAGUACUGUUGGACGCCUUUUCUGACUUGUUUUCGUGAUAGAGGAUAAUGGAAAAAGAUGGUGAUGCAAGUAACAUGUUCAAAUGGAAGGAAAACCCUGCCACGCUUCUCCCUUACACGCCACCCGAUUGGGCAUCACAUUUGAAUGGGUCUCCAACAGUAAGAAUCAAGUUAUUCCAACCGAUGACACCGAUACAUAUGUGGAAGAUUCCCGGCCUACCUGACGACGUGGAACUGUACAUCAAACGUGACGACAUGACGGGAGCGGCACUGACCGGUAACAAGGUUAGGAAAUUGGAGUUUCUAUUGGCAGAAGCUUUGGCAUCGAAAUGUAAUGCAGUGAUUACAUGUGGGGCUGUCCUAUCAAAUCAUUGCAGAACAACGGCAGUGGCCGCUGGGAUACUUGGGUUGGAGGCUCAUCUUCUGCUGCGAUCCAAAAUCAAGAAUCCUGAAGAUAUAGUACCUCGAGGAAACGUGUUACUGAACAGACUGGUCGGAGCCCAGCAAUAUCUCAUCCCCAACGAAGCUAAUCUUGACACCGAGAUCGUCCCGAGAAUGCAGAUAUUAGCCAAGCAGCUAAGUGAUAUCCGUAACAUUAAGUCAUAUUUGAUCCCUGUGGGAAAGCCAAGCACAACAGCAGUCCAAGGAUAUUUAUGGGCAUGGCAAGAACUUCUUGAUCAAGGUAUCCAAGAAAGAUUUGAUGACGUCAUUGUGACAAUUGCUACUGGUGAAAAUGCAGCGGGCCUUGCCAUCGGAAAUUAUCUUACAGGAUCAAAAUUAAAAAAUAACGAGAAAAUUGGAUUAAAAACUCACACUGACCGGAAGGAAACAAAAAAGAAACGACUGUAUGCCUAUUGGGUUAAAUAUACACAUUUUCUUAAAGAUUUCAUCAGGAAGGUUGCUAUGACGACGGGUGUUUUAUUGGAUCCAACAUACACGGGGAAAGCAGCGAGCGGGAUGUCACAUGAUCUUACAUAUGACCGAUCAAAAUUUCAAGGCAAUAGAAUUCUUUUUAUUCACACAGGUGGAAUAUUCGGAUUAUACGACGGGCGUAUGACCAACAUACUAAGCGAAUCGAGAGACGAUCAAUCACAAAUGAAAGUGUGGAUGGAUCUAGCAGACGACCCAAUUCCGGUGCCAGCUGACAAGAGGAAUACGAAUGGCCACCAAUAUCAACCAAAUCCCAUCACACUCAACCAUCACUUCAAUGAGGACAUGCAUAUUAGUCUGACAUGAAACCAGUUGAAAGGAUGUCAUUAUGAAAAGAUUAAUUAGGAUAUGAUGAUAGUAAUAUAAAAUUAUACAAUGUUACAGACGUACUUUUUUUAACAUUGGUGGUUUAAUAUUUUAGAAUUAGAAAUGCAAUUUUGGGACAGAAAACAGUAAAUCUAUACCAGUGGUUUAUAUGUAUAUUUUAAGUACGGUACAUUUUAUAUAAUUUAGUACUAUGGAGAGUUUAUGAUGACGUUUUUAGCUAUCGGUGCCCAUCAAUCUCGUGUCUAACACAUUAUAUUUGUCAGUUUUCCGAAUAGGCGUAUCGUUAUGUAGAACAUUAGGAGUUAUGGUUAAACCUAGGGCCUACUUGAUAAAAUGGCCGCCUGAGGGGCAGCGCCUUUCUAAGGAAGAAUAGCGAGGUUUCUAACAAAUCAACGAAAAUUAUUAAAAACCUCAUCAUUUCGCAGGUCACGCAACUCUAUUAAAUUAUAAUAAUUAAUGCGAAGUAUGCUUCUCGACUUUCAAUUUUUAAAGUGGAUACAUUCGGGAAAUUUCCACUUAGAAUACAAAAUUAGGAAAAAAUAUGAGUAACCUUGAUAAACUUUUACUGAAUUAUUUAAAAACAAUUAUCUUCAUGAAUUAUUGAUACUAUUAUAAGCCUACAUGAAUUAAUUUGCAUAAUUCGAGGCUCGGUAAAUUGUGUAAGGUAAGUGUAUAGUGGAACGGGUAAAGUGGUAAUUAAAUCGAUUUAGCAACGUUUAACUUAAUUUAUGCAUGUGCCUAAAAACAGUAUUAUAACUUAUAAAAACGUCAUAACCUUUUAAGAAUCGAAGUCGCAAAAGAUAAUAUUAUGCGGCAGAAAUUCAUACACAUGAAUUCACAAACAACAAUUAAUUAACACCAUAUAAAACAAAUUACGGAGUGUAUACCAUUUUGAUGGAAAUAUACGAAAGUAAAAACAUAUUAUAGGGAAUUUUAUGCAAUUAUAAUUAUAAAAUAAAAGAGCCUAUAUGACUAUAAGAUAUAAUGAGUGCAAUAAAGGUCUACACAAAUGCUAUAUAAAUCCGCUAUCUGAAGCUUACUAAUAAUGCAUAGGCCCUAUCAGCAAGAAGUGAGUUGAGUACCAUUCUGUGCGCAGUAGUAACAAAUCAUAAAUAUGAAGGUAACUUAUGGCAAUAUUUUGUGAUUUUUUUUUUUUUGCUCAAUCUCGUGAUUGUAAAGACUCUAGAGAUUCUUGAUGGAAGCACUGCGACUUAACUAUGACACCUGACUGAAAUCUGUCAAAUCUUAGCAAAUGUGGUUUCCUGAACAUUUUCCGGCACUUAAAACUCGAGUCCAUAUUCAUUGGUAUUUCACGUCGCAAAAUAAGUGGCUUUAAUAAAUUUUACAAUGCUAUAAAGCAAGUAAAUAACCAUAAAAUAAUUAAUGUAACUCAUAAAAAUACAUCAAAUUUCUAUAACAUUUUUUUUUAAAUGAAAUAACUUAAUUAGAACAAAAAUGUGCAUACUGGAUGUGCAUAUUGGAAAGGCCUAUGUGUAUGACUAGCGGGUUAAGUAUCAUAACAAUAAUAUGUAUAUCUUCCAUAACCAUACUCUUUUCUACUUGUGUUUUAUAUUAAAAAAAGGUUAACUUUUAGUAUAGGGCUGCUUGUAGAACUAAUAUGGUCUUCUUUUCUUCCGGUAAUUUGCAUUGCCUACAUAUUUUACGCGUGCGGACAGACGACUAGCGGUAACCUGAUUCCAAAAUUUGGCGUAAGAAAAAAAAAUCAACUGUUGCAUAUUAAUAAGUAAGUUUUAAUGAGACGAAAAGCAGUCUGCGACGCUUUGACAUCAUUUUAAGGCACGUACACAUGCGUAGCGUAAUCAAUUCAUAAUUUUUGGAUCUCGGCGAGUACAUUGAUUUAGUAUAAUUAUGAAUUUUUUUUUUUAUACAACGGGAAUAUUUAUUUAUACUUAAUACAAUACUGGUAUAAGCCCUUAACAUUGCUGAUAUUUUAGUGUUCCUUUUCAUAGUCUAACACAUGAUUUUAUUUUAUUGCUGGUUUGCAAAUAAAAAUCCGAUAGAGUGAAUAAGUCGAAUGCAAUAAUAUACUAGUAAUAUUCUUAAUAAAAUAUUAUAAUAGUAACUAUUUAUAUUAUUAAUGUGUAUUUUAGCUUUACUAAGCCUGAAGUAGGGUAGACAUAAAGAAUGAAAUAGUGCGUGCUGUCUGCGAACACAUACAUUCGGUAGUCUAUUUUAGUUCAAUUUGAAUUAAAUUUGUUCUCAAUUAAUGA